UUUUAAUUUUUAAUUUUUUUCCUUAAAUUAAUUAGUCUGGAGUUCUGGACAGUUUUUUGAUAAUUUCCCUGAUUAGUGUCUGUCAUGGAAAUGAUUUCCUUCAAUGCGAUUGCUUCCUCAAAUCUUUAUAAGCUCUCUGUCGGACUGAGAAAUUGCGACCCAAGUUUUCAUUCUACCUUUUUCUCUCUCCUCAAUAAACCAUGCACCGAUUAUUCUUCUCUCUCUACCCCAAAUCUACCCAUCUCAAGAAGCUCAAACGUACUCUCUCUCUCAAAAUCCAAAGGUACCCACAUCAUGAAUUUCGCCAUUUCCAGAGUUGCAUCCAUGAUAAUUCUUCUCUUUCAUUUGGGGUGCAUGAAACCAUCGAAAAUGGGAUUAGAUUUUCUAGGGUUUUCAGUUUUAGCAGUUUUUUCAGAAGGUUUUCCAGUGAAGCAAGCAGAGAGUCACUGGAAUUUGAUGUUGUAGUGGUUGGUGCUGGGCCCGCUGGUUUAUCAGCGGCGAUUAGACUGAAGCAAUUGUGUAAAGAGAGUGACACUGAUUUAUCUGUGUGUGUUGUGGAGAAAGGUGCAGAAGUGGGAGCUCAUAUAUUAUCUGGAAAUGUUUUUGAGCCACGAGCUCUAAAUGAACUUCUACCUAGAUGGAAAGAGGAUGGGGCUCCAAUUGAAAUACCCGUCUCUUCUGAUAAGUUUUGGUUUCUUACCCAAGACCGUGCUUUUUCACUGCCUCCUCCAUUUGAUAACCAUGGGAAUUAUGUGAUAAGUUUGAGUCAGCUAGUACGCUGGAUGGGAACAAAGGCUGAAGAAUUGGGUGUUGAAAUAUACCCGGGUUUUGCUGCUAGUGAAAUUCUAUAUGAUGCCAAUAAUAGGGUUGUUGGAGUUGUGACAAAUGAUAUGGGUGUUGCGAGAGAUGGUUCAAAAAAGGAAAAUUUCCAACAUGGAGUGGAACUAAAAGGACGGAUUACCCUUCUUGCUGAAGGCUGUAGAGGUUCUAUAUCACAGAAAAUAAUAAGAGAUCACAAGCUACGGUUGAAGGCCCACGCAGAAAAUCAAACCUAUGCUUUAGGUAUUAAGGAGGUGUGGGAAGUUGAUGAUGCUAAGCAUAAACCCGGCCUUGUCUUACAUACUUUGGGAUGGCCAUUGGAUCAUAAGACAUAUGGAGGGACUUUUCUAUACCAUAUGAAGGACAGACAGGUUUCCAUUGGUUUGGUUGUUGCUUUGAACUAUCAAAAUCCUUACUUAAAUCCUUAUGAAGAAUUUCAGAAAUUCAAGCAACAUCCUUCUAUCAGGCCCCUUUUGGAAGGUGGAAAUGUUCUCCAAUAUGGUGCCCGCACCCUUAAUGAAGGUGGCUUCCAGUCAAUUCCUUACCCCGUCUUCCCUGGAGGAGCUCUCAUCGGAUGCUCAGCUGGCUUCCUAAAUGUCCCCAAAAUAAAAGGAUCUCAUACUGCUAUGAAAUCAGGAAUGCUUGCAGCAGAAGCAGCAUUUAAUGUGUUUCAUAGAGGAGCAGAGAUGGACACUUAUUGGGAUCUAUUGAGGAAGUCUUGGGUAUGGGAAGAGCUUCAUAGAGCUCGAAAUUACCGGCCAGCCUUCGAGUAUGGAUUGAUUCCUGGGUUGGCUAUUUCUGCUUUAGAACAUUAUAUUUUUAGGGGAAGGUUGCCGCUUACGUUAAAGCACGGAAAACCUGAUCAUGAAGCCACCUAUGUUGCUGCUGCUCACAAGCCAAUUGUUUACCCAAAACCUGAUGGCGUGGUGUCAUUUGACUUGCUAACCUCACUAUACAGGAGUAACACUAACCAUGAUCAUGACCAGCCUGUUCAUCUCCGCCUGAAGGAUCCAUCCAUACCACAACUUGUAAAUCUGCCUCAGUAUGCCGGACCUGAGUCACGAUACUGCCCUGCUCGUGUAUACGAAUAUGUAGCAGAUGAGAAAGGCUGCAUGAAACUGCAAAUUAAUGCUCAAAAUUGUCUCCAUUGUAAGGCAUGUGAUAUCAAAGACCCUAAACAGAAUAUAGAAUGGAAUGUACCUGAAGGAGGGGGAGGGCCAGGAUACACUAUCAUGUAGAAAAUUUUUUUCCCUUUUUUCUUCUGAAAAAUGCAGUUGCAUUGCCACAAAACCUGCCAAUCGUUCAUAUCCACCUUGAGGAUCAUAGAUGUUGAAAAAAUGGAUAUCAAUCUCUAAUUUUGGUUCAUUUUGCAACACUAACAACUUUGGAUUGCCCAAGUCACAUAUCUGCUAUAUUUGUACCAUCUUUUAAGCUUCAAAUUCUGGAGUCAUGAAAAAUCUGGCCAUAACAAGUUUCCCACUGUUGUAUAUGUUCUUUCAAGUUGGGUUUUAAUUUUACAGUGCCAUUUUGAGGUU